GCUCCUCCCGCGCUGCGAUCGGCGGAAGUGUCGCUGCCCCAGUUCCGGCGAACGGGACGCGCCGCCGGGACGGCACCGGGCAUGGCGCUGUGGCUGCCGCGCUCCCGGGACGGCGGCGCACCGGAGGAGGAGGACGAGGAGCGGGCGCAGGCUGCCGCCUCCCGACAGCGCUUGCCGGAGGUGCAGACAUACAGCCAAGGGAUUGAAUUAGCCUGCCAAAAAGAAAGAGAGUUUGUGAAGCACUCUGUAGAAUGCACAUGGAACCUAGCAGAAGCCCAGCAAAAAUUUGGUAGUUUAGCACUGCAUAAUUCAGAAUCCUGUGAUCAGGAAUCUGCUCAAGCAAGGACAGAAGCUGCCGARUUGAGAUGGAGAGAGGAAGAGUGGAGAAGAAAAGAAGAGGCACUAAACCAGAGGGAACGACAGAAUCUAUGGAACACAGAUCCUGUUAGUAAAGAAGUUUUUAAUAAGAGUUUUAUUAAUCAAAAAAGAAAAGAAAUUGAAGAUGAAGCUGUGUCUGAACCACUUAUGCAAAAACAUGAACAAAAGAUUAGACACUUUGGCAUGCUGAGCAGAUGGGAUGAUAGUCAAAGGUUUUUGUCUGAUCACCCAUAUCUUGUAUGUGAAGAAACAUCUAGGUAUCUCAUGUUGUGGUGUUUUCAUCUAGAAGCUGAACAGAAAAGAGCUCUGAUGGAGCAAGUAGCACACCAAGCAGUUGUAAUGCAGUUUAUUAUAGAAAUUGCGAGAAGCUGCAAUGUGGAUCCAAGAGGAUGUUUUCGUCUCUUUUUCCAAAAAGCCAAAACAGGAGAAGGGUACUUUGAGGCCUUUAAAAAUGAACUUGAGGCAUUCAAGACGAGAGUGAGAAUCUGGUCACAAUCACAUGGCUUUCAAACUAUGUUACUCCAUGAUCUCAAUGUGAAUCCUGGUUGUGUGGGAGAGUGGACGUCUUUUUUACAGAACACCGGAGAUCUACAGGGUUCCAUAAACACAGAYGUCUGCAGUUUCAACUCUGUGAUACAAAGAGAUGAAGAAGAAUCCAAAAUGAUGGACACAUUAUAG